ACGACUUCCCCUUUUUACUUUCCACGAACGACCAAGAAAAUGGAAGAAGACGACGAAAAGAAACCACCUUCCCAGCCACCACUAUCACCAACUCCAAAACACACAAAAAUCGCCUAACCCCUCUCUCUCUCUCUCUCUCUUCAUCAUCUUCUUCAUCAACACUUUUUUUCAGAUUUUUCUUCGAAACCCACCUCAAAUUCAAAAUACCCAGUAAAGAAUUCCAUACAAAAAGGGUAAAUGAUGAGAGUUUUCAUUAGUUUUCUCCUCUGUUUACUCUCUGUAACUUGUGCAGCCACUCCAAUCACCAACCCCAUUUGCCCAUUGGACCUUAACUAUGUCCUUAGAAUCCCAUGGACCGCCACCGAUUGCCGGAACCCCUUCUUCCAGACCACUGCCAAAUCUGCCAUGAAUGAUACCUCCAAAUUCCAUUGUUGUCAAACCCUCUUGUCCUUGUUUGGAAUCGCUUUGGCCCAACACCUCAAACAAACCUCUCAUUUCAACCUCCCAGACCUCGCAACCUCCAAUUCUUGCCUUCUUGAUUACCAGUCCAAACUCUCCUCUCUCUCCCUCCCUGCCAACCUUGUUUCCCAUUGCUUUGAUCCCUUACAAUUUGUGAUAUCAGCUAAUGUCUGCGCUGGUAUUCAAACCACUCGAGAUUGGGUUUCAAAACUUGGCCAGAACUCGCCUCUUGAUUCUGGGUGUCGGUCGAAUCUUGUUGGUUCUGGUUGUGAUGCUUGUGUGGCUGCUGGUUUCAAAGUUCAAGCUAUUUUGACAGGAAUUGAUGGUAAUAAAUCUCAUUCCAUGGAUUGCUUUUACUUUGCCGUUCUUUAUGCUGCUGCCAUUGUGAAUGAAUCUGGCCCUGAAGGCGACAGUGCUUUAGAUUGCAUUUUUAAUCUUCAAUUGAGUACUCAAAAGGGUUCAAAAAGUAAGCAUACUUCUCUAGUUUAUGGCCUUACUGCUGCUGCUGUAGGACUUUUAGUCGUUUUUGUUCUAUUGGGAAUAGGAUUUUGGUUGUACAAAAGCAAACAAUUGGCGAAGAACUCUAGCUUGGAGCUGGAUGAACAAGGGUCUAGACCACAUGCCAGGCCAAACACUGGAUCAAUUUGGUUCAAAGUUCAUGAGCUUGAGAAGGCAACUGAUAACUUUUCUUCAAAGAAUUUCAUUGGCAGAGGUGGGUUUGGUUUAGUUUACAAAGGGAGAUUACCUGAUGGAAGCAUGGUGGCUGUAAAGAAAGUAAUUGAAUCAGAUUUUCAAGGCAAUGCAGAGUUCUGCAAUGAAGUUGAAAUUAUCAGUAAUCUAAAGCACAGGAAUCUUGUUCCACUUAGGGGCUGCUGCGUGGUUGAUGAGGGUUUUGAUGAGAGUUCAAGUGAGAGAUACCUUGUUUAUGAUUACAUGCCAAAUGGAAAUCUUGAUGAUUAUUUGUUCCCUAUACCAUCUGAUCAAGAUGGAACUGUGAAGAACUCAUUGACAUGGCCUCAAAGGAAGAACAUUAUCUUGGAUGUGGCAAAAGGCUUAGCUUAUCUGCACUAUGGAGUGAAGCCUGCAAUAUAUCACAGAGAUAUCAAGGCGACAAACAUAUUGUUAGAUGCAGAUAUGAGAGCGAAAGUUGCAGAUUUCGGGCUUGCCAAACAGAGUAGGGAAGGACAGUCGCAUCUAACGACUCGAGUUGCAGGAACUCAUGGGUAUUUAGCUCCUGAAUACGCGCUUUAUGGACAACUAACUGAGAAGAGCGAUGUUUAUAGCUUUGGAGUGGUGGUUUUGGAGAUAAUGUGUGGGAGAAAAGCUCUUGAUUUUUCUUUGGCAUCGUCGCCACGUGCGUUCUUGAUAACGGAUUGGGCUUGGUCAUUGGUGAAAGGUGGAAAGAUAGGGGAAACUUUAGAUCCUUGUCUUGUGAAAGAUGGAGAUUGUUCUAAUUCAAAUCCAAAAGGCAUAAUGGAGAGGUUUGUUGCGGUUGGAAUUUUGUGUUCUCAUGUGAUGGUGGCUUUGAGGCCUACCAUUAUGGAUGCUCUGAAGAUGUUGGAAGGUGACAGUGAAGUUCCUCAAAUUUCUGAUCGGCCAGUGCCUUAUGGGCAUCCUUCAUUUGUUGGUGAUGGCAGCAACUUCAGCAUAUCACGACAUUAAGCAGACCUCAAAUUCUGUGAGAUCUCGCAUCGAUUGGGGAGGGGACGAAGCAUUCGUCAUAAGAGUGUGGAAACCUCUCCUUAGUAGAUGCGUUUU